AACGUCGCUAGUCGCUCGCUAGCACAUGUAGUGGGUAUGUCGAUUAUGUGAAUUAUAUUUGUGGGAUGAAAAUGUGUGCAUAAAAUCUUAUGGAGGGGAUCAGUGCGUUUUAUUAUGCAACGGAAAACGCAUCAUCCAAGUAUUGUGGAAUAUACGAGUCGAUUCACCGCUGACUCAUGUGGAUCAGGCUUUAGUCGAGAAACUGAAAAGAAUUCUCGUCAGAGAGACAGAAUUGUUUAUUCGAUAUAUCACGUAUCUCAUCUUCACAGUUCUGCCUCAACUCAGCAUUCUACAGUCGAACGCUGAGUUGAAGCAAAACAAGGUCUAAUCUAUCAAUUUUGUUCAGUAUUUAUAAUUCCUGUAAUCAUCAUGGCAUGCACAGUACGAGGAAAGCCAGUAGUCAUACACCCCGCAUUCUAUGCCGCUGGCAUAAUCUUAGUUGCAGUAAUUGGUUUCCUCAUUUUCUACCAUGUCGAUCCAAGAGUUCACUAUGCCAUUUUUGGAGCAUCUGACGACACGAAUAUAGUCAACGGAAUCCCUGGUCUCAUUGUGAGGCCUAGGAUAACGGAAGCUGGUAAGUCAGAAUCUCUGAUCAUGUACAACUCAAGUGACAGAAACAGCUAUAUGCGUUGGGUGGAUGCACUGGACGACUUUCUCAAAGUCUACAGAAAGCCUGGUCUGACGCCUGGAAGAGGAUCCAACAUUUACAACUGUGACUACAUUCAACCCCCGGCACCGGGCCGAGUUUGCGACGUUGAUAUAAAAAAUUGGAUGCCGUGCAUCAAAGAAAAUUAUUUUAACUACCACAAGUCUGCGCCGUGCGUUUUUUUGAAACUCAGCCAGAUCUCUGGAUGGAGACCGUCGUUUUAUAACGACACCAAUUCACUGCCAGAAGCGAUGCCUCGUGAGUUGAAACAGUACAUCAUGGAACUUAAAUCUGAGGAUGCGAAACAAUUAAACACAAUUUGGGUAUCGUGCGAGGGCGAAAAUCCAGCCGAUAUGGAAAAUAUCGGUCCUGUAAAUAUCCUGCCUCGAAGAGGAUUUCCCGGAUACUUUUAUCCCUACGAGAACUCCGAAGGUUAUCUCAGCCCUCUCGUCGCCAUCCAUUUUGAAAGACCCCGAACUGGAAUUUUGAUAAAUGUCGAGUGCAAGGCUUGGGCUCGUAAUAUAAAACAUGAUAGUGCAUCGAGCAUGGGAGCUGUCCAUUUUGAAUUGAUGAUCGAUUAAAUUGAAGGGGUGAUCGA